AUGGCGCUAAUUUUUUUUUCUUCGUUCUCCUCACUUCUCUUCCCGACUGUACUGUCGAAAGAGAUGACCAUCGGCGCGACCAUCGCUGACCCGACGGUCAUUUAUAAACACGAGCAUGGGAACCAGCUGAUAGCACAUCGCACGUACUUUGCGAUUAGAAUAUCAACGUUUUCGCCCGCAAUUAAGAUCCGUCGUGCUCGGCUAAUGAAUUCUAUAUUGACAUGUCAUGAUGGUCCAAGGAUGUUUUUCCUUCAAGAUAAGAAUUGCGAUGUCUUCACAUCUAGACACUCGGCUUAA